AUGACCACAGUAAUUUUGUUGAGCACAAGUUUGGCAUUAGCUUCCCCACAAUACAACUAUGCGCAGCCAUCCGGAGUAACUGGUUUAGGACAUUCAAAUAUAGGAAGUAUUGGACAUGCGGGAGGUGUCGCUCAAGGAAUUAGUGGAAGUUCAUUAAAUCAUGGUAUUGGCGGUGGUGUUUCUCAUACUGGCAUUGGCCACGCUGGCCAUGGUUAUGCAGCAGCAGGUGGUCAAACACAUGAAACUAUUGUUACGAAACAAUUUCUUAUUCAUUCGGCUCCACAUGAACAAGACGAAGUCGGUGGGGAUAAAGUAAUUAACUUAGGACCAGCUCGUAAAAACUACCGUGUAGUAUUUAUUAAAGCACCACAUCAAGGUGCACAAGCAGGAAAAGUAAGAUUUAUUGCCCCAGCAAACGAAGAAAAGACUGUAAUUUAUGUAUUAAGUAAAAAAACCGACUUGGCUGAUAUUCAAGCUGAUGUGCAACAAGCCCAUUCAGAACCCACUAAACCAGAAGUACACUUUAUUAAAUAUAAGACCGCUGAAGAAGCAGUACAUGCUCAAAGAACAAUUCAAGCUCAAUUUGAUGCAAUUGAAGGCAAAUCACAAAUAUCUGAUGAAGGUGUUGCCCCACUUACAUCUGUCAUUGGGGCACUCGGAGAUGCAUCAUCUCAUGAUGUUGGAGUGCAAGGAAGUGCUGGAAGUUUUUCUGGUGCUGCUGGUGGUAGUGUCAGUAAUUCAUAUUUGCCACCAAGCUAUUAA